AAAUUGAGUUCCAGUCAGACUUCUAACCACAGAGAGUCUAGAUCGCCAUCAAAAAAAUUGAAGUCUACAAAUACAUUGAAGUCCACAACAAGACCAUCUACCAGGCAAGAAUCACCACCAUUUCGUCAGAAGUCAAGAUCUCGAUCACCACUUAUCACACAGAGGUCCAGAUCAAGAUCAAGAUCCCCACCAUUAUCUCAGAGGUCAAGAUCUAGAUCUCCACCAAACAAUCAGACAUGGAGAUCUAGAUCAAGAAGCUAUUCACCGCCGACAGAUAUUUUUUCAAAACUAAAAUCUAUUUAUUCCUAUUCGUCCAAGUCCACAACAAGAUCACCAACAACACAGAAUCCAUCACAAAGAAAACCGUCAAACACAACUCAAAAAUCCACAAGACCUUCAAUAGAGGAGAUAUUACAAGAAUUGAAAAAAAGAUCCUCACAUAGUCUCCAUACUCAGAAAUCAAAAUCUAGUGAAGAUAGGUCACAUUCAACAGGGAACAGUCAAGGGUCUAGAUCUUCCUCACCUCUUGAGGAUUAUCUACUGCCAAGCUCACAAUCUCAACCACAGAGAGUUUCUACCAACAACAACAGAGCAAGGUCUAGAUCACCACUAGAGGAUUGGCAGUCAUUCAGCAGCAACAUAAGCUCAAGGUCUCAUGUCAGGGAAAAUACUUCAACACCAGCUGCAAAAAAUAUACCAUCUGGCAGAAAGACGAGUAACAAUUCAGAGACAUUUCCAAUGUCUGAUGAACGUUUCCAGAGAAGAGUAUUGUUUUUACUAACAGAAAUAAGAGACCUGCUGAAAAAAAAUCAGUGUGCCACAACUGCACAGACACACUGUGAACUUGAAAGGGCGGAAACCUUAGACGAAUUUUUUGAAUUGGAAAAUGCCUUGGAUGAUGUAGCUCAGCAGACAAGAUUGACAGAAUAUUUGAGAAGAAUUGGAGGUGCUGGAAGCAGUGACCUAAUGAAGAAAGCCAUGACAAGAAUGAUGUCAAACAUUGUCAUGGCAAGAAUGAACCUAAAAGGGAAAAAGAAUAAGAUAGCUUUCCUAAAAACAAAGCUUUACAAAGUGAUCUCAGGAUGCGUAAUGAUGGUGUAUCCUGAGAUCACAGAAACUAAAGUAAAGGAAGAUAUUGGGAAGUUUUUAAAAUAUGCCCCCGAGAGAGCUGGAGGAGGGGGAAGGACCAGCAAAGAUUAAUCCAAAUUACAAAAAUAAAUUCAAUUUUAAACAAAUUUAUUGCAUUCAUUUCACUUACUUCAAUCAAGAAAGGUGUCCAAAAUUAGAGCAGACAUCAGUGAAAUUCUGAAAGAACUUAUUUUAUCAGUUCACUAUUUCUGUGUGUAACUACAGUUACAGAAAAAUACUCAAAACUUGAUUUACCGACGAUAAAUUACUGUUUGCUGCUUAAAAUAAAUAACCUCAAUUCAGACCGACUUAUAGGCGGGUCAAGCCUGAAUCCUCAGAUUUUCAAACUGAAAAGGGCAUCCGACUUAUAGGCAGAUUGACUUAUAAGCGAGUAUCUACAGUAGUUUCUUUGCUAGCUGAACCGUGAAGUCAUUACUAGCUCGGAUUAAUACCUCCUUUGGGCGGAGUCUAGUCAGUCAGAGAACCAAUAAAAAA